CAUAAAUCUUCUUCUAAUACAAGCCUAUAGAAGUAAUGUCGUGGGUCGAAAACGUGUGCAGCUAACUUUCAAAACCCGGAUAGUCGCUUAAUUGCGCAAACAAACAAGACUUGAGGAGUGCUCAGAGUGAUUUCAUUCAUGCCCAAGUAUUCCGCAGUAACAUUUCUCACGACUCCACGAACACACAUCGCUAGCCAUUAUGGUCACUGAUGGUCUGGAAGGCGCGUACCGCUCUGAACGGCUGGUUUUUCGAGCCGUAGAAAACAACGACGAGGAUAAGAAGUUCCUGCACACCCAAAUCGAGAAUGACCCAGUCACCGUCGCCCUUUCCAACCCGAUGGCGCUGAUGCCGAGGACCAGCAAGCACAGCGAGUGGAUGGUCGAGCAAAUGGCCAAAUCUGUCCUCGCUGUCAUGGUCUGCCUACCGGCGGAUCCUGCAGACGGUGACGACGAGAAAAUUGACGAAGCGAAGACAAACGCGUCAAAGCCCAUAGGAUACCUAGCAAUCGGCUGGGGGGGCAUCCCUCCAGCAAUGGUCCAUCAUCGCUCAGUUGGCCUCGGGAUCGCGAUAGCACCGCAGUACCAAGGAAGGGGCUACGGGGCCGAAGUCAUCAAUUGGGCUCUAGACUGGGCUUUUCGGUAUGGAAAUUAUCAUCGGGUUCAUCUUGGCACUGUCUCCUACAAUGAACGAGCGCAGCACCUGUACAAGAAGCUUGGUUUCGUGGAAGAGGGCCGCAGCCGCGAGUCUUAUUGGUUCAAUCGACAGUGGCAUGACACCAUCAGCUAUGGAAUUCUAGAAAGUGAAUGGGAGGCUACGAGAGGCAUUGGAUCUAGAUAAGCAAACUUUAGCACAAUAGGAGCACUAAACAAUGCAGCAGAAAUAAGAUUCUACCG